GUAAAAGGUUCUAAAUGACAGCCGACUUUGAACUGGUGCGACAGUUGGGCUGAGAAGCCAGGAGAGGAUUUCUGUUGUUUUGACGGGAGAUGGACCCGAAUGCUUUGGGAGGACGCAUGAUUUUUGGCGGGCGUCAGGACUGGUCGUGCUAUUUGAAAAGAGAAUAGCGCUAGUCUGACCAUCCCCGGGAUGCCGAACGGCUCCUUGCGGCUCCUCGUGGGCACGUUGAGGGCGCACUGUUCAGCUUCCCUGAGUCUUUUCCGGAAGGACGGACAUGUAAUAUGAUGGGUGUGAAUAUGGAACACUGUAUGGUCGCAAGGCCUCCUUCCUGCCUCAUCCUCCUGCUCCUGAAGCUGUUUGUCACCAUCUCCCAGGGGCUGCCAGGGACAGGGCCCCUGGGCUUCCAUUUCACACAUGCCACCUAUAAUGCUACAGUGUAUGAGAACUCGGCAGCGCGGACCUAUGUCAACAGCCAGAGCAGAAUGGGCAUCACCUUAAUAGACCUGUCCUGGGAUAUCAAGUACAGAAUAGUGUCUGGUGAUGAGGAAGGAUUUUUUAAGGCUGAGGAGGUCAUCAUUGCAGAUUUCUGCUUUCUCAGGAUAAGAACUAAAGGUGGCAAUUCUGCCAUAUUGAACAGGGAAAUCCAAGACAAUUAUUUAUUAAUCAUAAAAGGUUCAGUCAGAGGAGAAGACUUGGAAGCAUGGACCAAAGUGAACAUCCAGGUUUUAGACAUGAAUGACUUGAGGCCUCUGUUUUCACCCACCACCUACUCAGUCACCAUUGCAGAAAGCACACCACUCAGGACUAGCGUUGCCCAGGUGACAGCUACAGAUGCAGACAUUGGUUCCAAUGGAGAAUUCUACUACUACUUCAAAAACAAGGUUGAUCUUUUUUCAGUUCACCCAACAAGUGGUGUCAUUUCUUUAAGUGGCCGAUUAAAUUAUGAUGAGAAGAACAGAUAUGAUCUAGAAAUCUUAGCGGUGGACCGGGGGAUGAAGCUCUACGGUAAUAAUGGAGUGAGCAGUACGGCUAAGCUUUAUGUUCACAUUGAACGCAUAAAUGAACAUGCUCCCAUUAUCCAUGUGGUCACUCACACCCCUUUCUCAUUGGAUAAGGAGCCAACAUAUGCAGUAGUGACAGUUGACGACCUGGAUGAGGGGGCCAAUGGAGAGAUCGAAUCUGUUUCCAUUGUGGAUGGAGAUCCUUUGGAGCAGUUCUUCCUGGCUAAAGAAGGAAAGUGGAUGAAUGAGUAUAAAGUCAAGGAGAGAAGGCAGGUGGACUGGGAAAGUUUCUCCUAUGGCUAUAACCUCACUAUUCAAGCAAAAGACAAAGGGUCACCUCAGAAGCUUUCAGAAUUAAGGACAGUCCACAUUGCCAACCCCAGAAGAGACAGCAUCCCAGUCAGGUUUGAAAAAGAUGUCUAUGAAGUCAGUAUAAGUGAGUUUUCCCCUCCUGGUGUCAUGGUAGCCAUAGUCAAGGUAAAUCCUGAGCCACUGGAUGUGGAAUACAAACUACUGCCUGGUAAGGAUGCAGAGUACUUCAAAAUUAAUCCCCGGUCAGGUCUGAUUGUCACAGCACAGCCCUUGAAUACAGUGAAGAAGGAAGUUUAUAAGCUGGAAGUGUCAGACAAGGAAGGAGAUGCAAAGGCACAAGUCACCAUUGGGAUUGAAGAUGCCAAUGACCACACCCCAGAAUUCCAGGAGACACUGUAUGAGACUUUUGUGAAUGAGAGUGUUCCCGUUGGUACAAAUGUUCUCACUGUGUCCGCCUCUGAUAAGGAUAAAGGGGAAAAUGGAUACAUCACCUACAGCAUUGCCAGCCUGAACCUUUUACCAUUUGCCAUUAACCAGUUCACAGGUGUGAUCAGCACAACUGAAGAGUUAGAUUUUGAAUCCUCCCCAGAGACAUAUAGAUUCAUUGUGAGAGCCUCUGACUGGGGAUCCCCAUACCGCCAUGAAAGUGAGGUGAAUGUGACCAUUAGGGUAGGAAAUGUCAAUGACAACAGCCCUCUCUUUGAAAAAGUGGCUUGCCAGGGAGUUAUUUCAUAUGAUUUUCCUGUUGGGGGUCACAUCACAGCCAUCUCUGCUAUUGAUAUUGAUGAACUUGAACUUGUAAAGUACAAAAUCAUUUCUGGAAAUGAACUUGGGUUUUUUUAUUUAAACCCAGACUCUGGUGUUUUGCAGCUUAAGAAGUCACUGAUGAAUUCUGGCAUUAAAAAUGGCAAUUUUGCCCUCAGAAUCACAGCUACUGAUGGGGAAAACUUCGCAGACCCCAUGGCCAUUAACAUCUCAGUCCUCCAUGGGAAAGUGUCUUCAAAGAGCUUCAGUUGCAGAGAAACUCGUGUGGCUCAGAAAUUGGCGGAGAAACUACUCAUUAAAGCAAAAGCUAAUGGGAAACUGAAUCUAGAAGAUGGAUUUCUUGACUUUUAUUCAAUUAAUAGGCAAGGACCGCAUUUUGACAAGUCUUUUCCCUCUGAUGUGGCUGUAAAGGAGGACAUGCCAGUUGGAACUAACAUCCUGAAGAUUAAAGCGUAUGAUGCAGACUCUGGCUUCAAUGGGAAGGUACUGUUUACAAUAUCAGAUGGAAAUACAGAUAGCUGCUUCAAUAUUGAUAUGGAGACUGGACAACUUCAAGUCCUCAUGCCCAUGGACCGAGAGCAUACUGACCUCUAUGUCCUCAACAUAACCAUCUAUGACCUUGGAAAGCCACAGAAAUCAUCAUGGCGAUUGCUAACUGUCAAUGUGGAAGAUGCUAAUGACAACAACCCAGUCUUUCUUCAGGACAGCUACUCAGUCAGUAUUCUUGAAAGUUCAAGUAUUGGCAUGGAAAUUAUUCAAGUGGAAGCGAGAGACAAAGACCUGGGUUCUAAUGGUGAAGUAAUGUACUCAGUCUUGACAGACACACACCAGUUUAUCAUCAAUAGCUCAACUGGGAUUGUUUAUAUAGCUGAUCAACUGGACAGAGAAUCCAAAGCCAACUAUUCUUUGAAAAUAGAAGCCAGGGACAAGGCAGAAAGUGGCCAGCAGCUGUUUUCUGUUGUCACUCUCAAGAUCUUUCUAGAUGAUGUCAACGAUUGCUCUCCAGCUUUUAUCCCCAGUAGCUACAGUGUGAAGGUCCUUGAAGAUCUUCCUGUUGGUACAGUUAUUGCUUGGCUUGAGACUCAGGAUCCUGACCUUGGAUUGGGGGGUCAAGUCCGUUACUCAUUAGUCAAUGAUUAUAACGGGAGAUUUGAAAUAGACAAAGCAAGUGGUGCCAUCCGAUUGAGUAAAGAGUUAGACUAUGAGAAGCAGCAAUUCUACAACCUGACAGUCAGGGCCAAAGACAAAGGGCGGCCUGUCUCUCUGUCAUCAGUUUCUUUUGUUGAAGUGGAGGUAGUAGAUGUCAAUGAAAACCUUCAUACACCCUAUUUCCCAGACUUUGCUGUCGUUGGAUCUGUAAAAGAAAACUCACGGAUUGGAACAAGUGUGCUUCAGGUGAUUGCCCAUGAUGAGGAUUCUGGUAGGGAUGGAGAGAUCCAGUACUCCAUCAGAGAUGGCAGUGGUCUUGGGAGGUUCAACAUAGAUGAUGAGAGUGGAGUCAUCACUGCUGCUGACAUUCUUGAUCGAGAGACAACAGCUUCAUACUGGCUGACAGUGUAUGCCACAGACCGGGGCGUGGUCCCUCUCUAUUCCACCAUUGAGGUCUACAUAGAAGUAGAAGAUGUGAACGACAAUGCCCCACUGACCUCAGAGCCCAUCUAUUAUCCCGUUGUCAUGGAAAAUUCUCCAAAGGAUGUGUCUGUCAUUCAGAUACAAGCUGAAGAUCCUGACUCUGGUUCCAAUGAAAAACUGACCUAUAGGAUUACAAGUGGAAACCCACAGAACUUUUUUGCCAUCAAUAUCAAAACAGGUCUGAUUACCACGACUUCAAGGAAAUUGGAUCGAGAGCAGCAGGCGGAACAUUUUCUGGAGGUUACAGUGACAGAUGGCGGUUCUUCUCCAAAACAGUCAACCAUUUGGGUGGUGGUUCAGGUUCUGGAUGAAAAUGACAACAAGCCCCAGUUCCCUGAGAAGGUCUACCAGAUUAAGCUUCCAGAACGUGACCGCAAGAAGAGGGGUGAACCCAUUUACAGGGCUUUUGCAUUUGACAGAGAUGAAGGCCCCAAUGCAGAAAUCUCCUACAGCAUUGUGGACGGAAAUGAUGAUGGGAAGUUCUUCAUUGACCCCAAAACUGGCAUGGUCUCUUCCAGAAAGCAAUUCACAGCAGGAAGUUAUGACAUCCUGACGAUCAAGGCUGUGGACAAUGGCCGCCCACAGAAAUCCUCCACUGCCCGCCUCCACAUCGAAUGGAUUAAGAAGCCCCCGCCUUCACCUAUACCAUUGACAUUCGAUGAACCAUUUUACAACUUCACCGUCAUGGAGAGUGACAAAGUAACAGAGAUUGUAGGGGUGGUGUCUGUGCAGCCAGCUAACACCCCUCUGUGGUUUGACAUCGUCGGGGGGAAUUUUGACAGCUCUUUUGAUGCAGAGAAGGGUGUUGGAACAAUUGUCAUUGCGAAGCCUUUGGAUGCAGAACAAAGGUCGGUCUACAACAUGAGUGUGGAGGUCACCGAUGGAACAAAUGUUGCUGUCACUCAGGUAUUUAUCAAAGUGCUGGAUAAUAAUGAUAAUGGCCCAGAAUUCUCCCAGCCACAUUAUGAUGUGACCAUUUCUGAGGACGUGCUUCCUGAUACAGAGAUACUGCAGAUUGAAGCCACAGACAGAGAUGAGAAGCACAAGCUGAGCUACACCAUCCACAGUAGCAUUGAUGCCAUCAGCAUGAGGAAGUUCCGGAUGGAUCCCAGUACAGGCGUGCUCUACACUGCUGAAAGGCUGGACCAUGAGGCCCAGGACAAGCACAUCCUCAACAUAAUGGUCAGAGAUCAGGAAUUUCCUUACCGAAGAAACUUGGCCCGAGUCAUUGUGAACGUGGAGGAUGCAAACGAUCACAGCCCUUACUUUACCAAUCCACUGUAUGAAGCAUCAGUGUUUGAAUCAGCUGCUUUGGGAUCAGUUGUUCUGCAAGUGACAGCUCUGGACAAAGACAAGGGGGAAAAUGCAGAGCUCAUAUAUUCCAUUGAAGCAGGGAACACGGGGAACACAUUUAAGAUUGAACCAGUCCUGGGCAUCAUCACCAUUUCCAAAGAGCCAGACAUGACAGCCAUGGGUCAGUUUGUCCUGUCAGUUAAAGUCACAGAUCAAGGCUCGCCACCAAUGUCUGCCACUGCAAUUGUACGCAUCUCCAUCAGCAUGUCAGAUAACUCCCACCCCAAGUUCACUCACAAAGACUACCAAGCUGAAGUAAAUGAAAAUGUGGAUAUUGGAACGUCUGUCAUCCUGAUCUCAGCCAUCAGCCAGUCGACCCUCAUUUACGAAGUCAAAGAUGGAAACAUUAAUGGAGUCUUUACCAUAAAUCCAUAUUCUGGAGUCAUCACCACUAGGAGAGCUCUGGAUUAUGAACAUACCUCUUCCUAUCAACUCAUCAUUCAAGCCACUAACAUGGCAGGCAUGGCUUCCAAUGCCACCGUUAGUGUGCAGAUUGUGGAUGAAAAUGAUAACCCCCCAGUGUUUCUCUUCUCUCAAUACUCAGGCAGCCUGAGUGAGGCUGCCCCCAUCAAUAGCAUUGUCAGGAGCCUAGACAACAGCCCACUGGUGAUCCGAGCUACAGAUGCUGACAGCAACCAAAAUGCACUCCUGGUGUAUCAGAUUGUGGAGUCCACAGCCAAGAAGUUCUUCACAGUGGACUCCAGCACAGGAGCCAUCAGAACAAUCGCCAACCUGGACCAUGAAGUCAUUGCACACUUCCACUUUCAUGUACAUGUGAGAGACAGUGGGAACCCCCAGCUAACUGCGGAGAGUCCGGUUGAAGUCAACAUUGAGGUGACAGAUGUGAAUGAUAAUCCACCCGUGUUCACUCAGGCUGUAUUUGAAACUGUCUUACUUCUCCCCACGUAUGUUGGCGUGGAGGUUCUGAAGGUGAGCGCCACUGACCCUGACUCUGAGGUACCCCCUGAACUGACAUAUAGCCUCAUGGAUGGGAGUGCAGAUCAUUUUCUAAUGGACCCAAAUACUGGAGUGCUCACCAUAAAAAAUAAUAAUCUCUCUAAAGAUCACUACAUGCUUAUAGUCAGAGUCUCUGACGGGAAGUUCUACAGUACUGCCAUGGCCACCAUCAUGGUUAAGGAAGCCAUGGACAGUGGCCUCCACUUUACACAAAGCUUUUAUUCCACCUCCAUCUCAGAAAACAGCACAAACAUAACCAAAGUUGCUAUUGUCAAUGCAGUUGGAAACCGCCUUAACGAGCCCUUAAAAUACAGCAUUUUAAACCCAGGAAAUAAAUUCAAGAUAAAAUCUACCUCAGGAGUCAUUCAGACCACAGGAGUACCCUUUGACCGCGAAGAACAGGAGUUAUAUGAGUUGGUGGUGGAAGCCAGUCGUGAGCUAGACCACUUGCGUGUGGCAAGGGUGGUAGUCAGGGUUAACAUUGAAGAUGUAAAUGAUAACUCUCCUGUCUUUGUGGGCCUCCCUUACUAUGCUGCUGUGCAAGUUGAUGCUGAGCCAGGGACUCUGAUAUACCGGGUAACAGCCAUCGACAAAGAUAAAGGUGCCAAUGGAGAAGUGACCUACAUCUUGCAGGAUGACUAUGGUCACUUUGAAAUUAACCCUAAUUCAGGGAAUGUGAUUUUAAAAGAAGCAUUCAACUCAGAUCUCUCCAACAUUGACUAUGGAGUCACUAUCCUCGCCAAGGAUGGUGGCAAUCCAUCUCUGUCCACAUUUGUGGAACUUCCCAUCACCAUUGUUAACAAAGCAAUGCCUGUGUUUGAUAAACCCUUUUAUACAGCAUCGAUCAAUGAAGAUAUCACAAUGAACACUCCCAUUCUCAGCAUCAAUGCCACCAGCCCAGAAGGCCAGGGCAUCAUAUACCUCAUCAUCGAUGGAGAUCCCUUCCAACAGUUUAACAUUGACUUUGACACUGGGGUCCUAAAAGUUAUUAGUCCUUUGGAUUAUGAACUCACGUCAGUUUACAAGUUGACAGUGAGAGCUAGUGAUGCUCUUACGGGUGCCAGGGCUGAAGUCACUGUGGACCUGCUAGUGGAUGACGUCAAUGAUAACCCUCCUGUUUUUGAUCAGCCCACUUACAACACAACACUAUCUGAAUCCUCUCUUAUUGGAACACCUGUUCUGCAACUUGUCUCAACUGACGCAGACUCGGGAAACAACAAACUGGUUCAUUAUCAGAUUGUCCAGGAUACUUACAAUAGCACAGAUUACUUUCACAUAGAUAGCUCAAGUGGCUUAAUCCUGACAGCGAGGAUGCUAGACCAUGAGUUGGUACAACAUUGUACCUUGAAAGUCAUAGCAACUGAUAGUGGUUUUCCAUCUCUGAGCAGUGAAGUUCUGGUUCAGAUCUACAUUUCUGAUGUCAAUGACAACCCCCCGGUUUUUAAUCAGCUCAUUUAUGAAUCUUAUGUGAGUGAAUUAGCCCCCAGGGGUCAUUUUGUAACCUGUGUGCAAGCCUCAGAUGCAGACAGCUCUGACUUUGAUCGGUUGGAAUACAGCAUUUUAUCUGGGAAUGAUCGAACCAGCUUUCUGAUGGACAGCAAGAGUGGAGUUCUCACACUGUCUAGCCACCGGAAACAGCGUAUGGAGCCUCUGUACAGUCUCAAUGUGUCUGUGUCUGAUGGACUAUUUACCAGCACUGCCCAGGUUCACAUCAGGGUCCUUGGGGCUAAUUUGUAUAGCCCUGCCUUUUCACAAAGCACAUAUGUAGCUGAAGUAAGAGAGAAUGCAGCUUCUGGGACAAAGGUCAUUCAUGUCCGAGCCACAGAUGGGGACCCAGGAACAUAUGGACAAGUCAGCUAUUCCAUCAUCAACGACUUUGCCAAGGAUCGGUUCCUCAUAGACAACAAUGGACAGAUCAUCACAACAGAAAGACUAGACCGUGAAAACCCUCUGGAAGGAGAUAUCAGUAUUUAUCUGAGGGCCCUGGAUGGUGGUGGGAGAACUACGUUCUGCACUGUUCGGGUGAUUGUCGUGGAUGAGAAUGACAACACCCCUCAGUUCUUGACAGUGGAAUAUAGAGCCAGUGUCAGGGCUGACGUAGGAAGGGGCCACUUGGUCACUCAAGUUCAAGCUUUGGAUCCAGAUGAUGGAGCAAAUUCUAGGAUUACAUAUUCCCUCUAUAGUGAGGCCUCAGUGUCAGUGGCUGACCUCUUGGAAAUUGAUCCUGAUAAUGGCUGGAUGGUGACCAAAGGCAAUUUUAACCAACUAAGAAACACUGUGCUGUCCUUCUUCGUGAAGGCAGUGGAUGGUGGGAUUCCAGUCAGACACUCCCUCAUUCCUGUCUACAUCCAUGUCUUGCCCCCUGAAACAUUUCUGCCUUCGUUCACCCAGUCACAGUACUCCUUUACCAUUGCAGAAGAUACAUCCAUUGGAAGCACAGUAGACACCUUGAGAAUUCUGCCUAAUCAAAGUGUCCGGUUCAGCACUGUUAAUGGAGAACGGCCAGAGAAUAACAAAGAGGGCGUCUUCAUCAUAGAACAAGAGACAGGUGCUAUCAAACUCGACAAGCGUCUUGACCAUGAAGUCAGCCCAGCAUUCCACUUUAAAGUAGCAGCUACUAUACCCUUGGACAAGGUGGACAUUGUAUUCACUGUGGAUGUAGAUGUCAAGGUAUUGGAUCUGAAUGACAACAAGCCAGUCUUUGAAACAUCAAGCUACGAGACAAUCAUAAUGGAAGGGAUGCCUGUUGGCACCAAGCUUGCCCAGGUGAGAGCCAUAGACAUGGAUUGGGGAGCCAAUGGGCAGGUCACUUACUCCCUACACUCAGACUCCCAUCUUGAAAAGGUAAUGGAAGCAUUCAAUAUUGACAGCAACACGGGAUGGAUCAGUACACUGAAGGACCUGGACCAUGAGACAGACCCUGCCUUUUCCUUCUUUGUGGUGGCUUCCGACCUCGGAGAGGCUUUCUCUCUUUCUUCCAUGGCUCUGGUCUCAGUCAAGGUGACAGAUAUAAAUGACAAUGCACCAGUCUUUGCUCAUGAGGUGUACCGAGGAAAUGUCAAGGAGAGCGACCCACCAGGGGAGGUAGUAGCCGUUCUCAGCACCUUGGACAAAGACACCUCCAACAUAAAUCGCCAAGUGAGCUACCACAUUACAGGAGGGAACCCCCGAGGACGGUUUGCCCUGGGCAUGGUGCAGAGUGAGUGGAAGGUCUAUGUGAAGAGGCCUCUGGAUCGAGAGGAACAAGACAUUUACUUCCUCAAUAUCACUGCCUCUGAUGGACUCUUUGUCACCCAGGCCAUGGUAGAAGUGACUGUCACUGACGUAAAUGACAACAGCCCAGUGUGUGAUCAGGUUACAUAUUCAGCAUCACUUCCCGAAGACAUUCCAUCAAAUAAAAUCAUCCUGAAGGUCAGUGCCAAGGAUGCGGAUAUUGGAUCCAAUGGAGAUAUACGAUACUCACUCUAUGGAUCUGGAAACAAUGAAUUUUUUCUAGAUCCAGAAAGUGGUGAGUUAAAAACCUUGGCCUUGUUGGACCGGGAGAGGAUCCCAGUAUACAACCUGAUUGCCAGGGCCACUGAUGGAGGCGGCCGCUUCUGUAGCUCCAGUGUCCUCCUGCUCCUGGAAGAUGUGAAUGAUAAUCCCCCUGUGUUUUCUUCCAACCACUACACUGCAUGUGUCUAUGAGAACACAGCCACUAAGGCUCUGCUGACCAGAGUACAAGCUGUGGACCCUGAUGUUGGUAUCAACAGGAAAGUUGUGUACUCCCUGGAGGACUCAGCCAGUGGUGUCUUCUCCAUCGACAGCUCCUCUGGUGUCAUCGUUCUGGAACAGCCUCUAGACCGAGAGCAGCAGUCAUCCUAUAAUAUCAGUGUGCGAGCCACAGACCAGAGUCCCGAACAGUCCCUCUCCUCUAUCGCUUCUGUCACCAUCACUGUCCUGGACAUUAAUGACAACCCCCCUGUGUUUGAGAGGAGGGACUAUCUGGUAACAGUGCCUGAGGACACUUCCCUUGGCACUCAAGUCUUGUCUGUUUUUGCCACCAGCAAAGAUAUUGGCACAAAUGCUGAGAUAACUUAUCUCAUCAGGUCUGGGAACGAACAAGGGAAAUUUAGGAUCAACCCAAAGACAGGGGGUAUUUCUGUCUUGGAAGCUCUGGACUAUGAAAUGUGCAAAAGAUUUUACCUGGUGGUGGAAGCUAAAGAUGGAGGCAUCCCAGCCCUCAGCACUGCAGCCACUGUCAGCAUCGACCUCACAGAUGUGAAUGAUAACCCUCCUCGGUUCAGCCAAGACGUCUACAGUGCUGUCAUCAGUGAGGACGCCUUAGAGGGGGACUCGGUAAUUCUGCUGAUAGCAGAAGAUAUGGAUAGCAAGCCUAAUGGACAGAUUCGUUUUUCCAUCGUGGGUGGAGACAGGGACAAUGAAUUUGCUGUCGAUCCCAUCUUGGGACUUGUGAAAGUUAAGAAAAAACUGGACCGGGAACGGGUGUCAGGAUACUCCCUGCUCAUCCAGGCAGUAGAUAGUGGUAUUCCUGCAAUGUCCUCAACAACAACUGUCAACAUUGAUAUUUCUGAUGUGAAUGACAACAGUCCAAUGUUUACACCUGCCAACUACACUGCUGUGAUCCAGGAAAAUAAGCCAGUGGGUACCAGCAUCUUACAGCUUGUGGUGACAGACAGAGACUCCUUUCACAAUGGACCUCCCUUUUCCUUCUCUAUUUUGUCGGGAAAUGAAGACGAGGAGUUCAUGCUGGACUCCCACGGGAUCCUUCGGUCAGCAGUGGUCUUCCGGCACAUGGAGUCCCCAGAAUACCUACUGUGCAUCCAGGCAAAAGACUCAGGAAAACCACAGCAAGUUUCUCACACCUAUAUCCGUGUUCGGGUCAUUGAGGAAAGCACCCACAAACCCACAGCCAUCCCUCUGGAAAUUUUCAUUGUCACCAUGGAGGAUGAUUUUCCUGGUGGGGUCAUUGGAAAGAUCCACGCCACUGAUCAGGACAUGUAUGAUGUGCUCACGUUUGCCCUGAAAUCAGAACAGAAGAGCUUGUUCAAAGUGAACAGUCACGAUGGAAAAAUCAUUGCUCUGGGAGGGCUGGACAGCGGGAAGUAUGUCCUGAACGUGUCUGUGAGUGAUGGCCGCUUCCAAGUGCCCAUCGAUGUCGUUGUGCACGUGGAGCAACUGGUACAUGAGAUGCUGCAAAACACUGUUACAAUUCGCUUUGAGAAUGUGUCUCCCGAGGACUUUGUGGGGCUGCAUAUGCAUGGGUUCCGGCGUAUUCUGCGGAAUGCAGUUCUCACCCAGAAGCAGGACAGCCUGCGCAUCAUCAGCAUCCAACCUGUGGUGGGCACCAACCAGCUGGACAUGCUGUUUGCUGUGGAGAUGCAUAGCAGCGAGUUCUACAAGCCAGCCUACCUGAUCCAGAAGCUGUCCAAUGCCAGGAGACACCUGGAGAACGUCAUGCAUAUAGCGGCCAUCUUGGAAAAGAACUGCUCGGGGCUAGAUUGUCAGGAGCAGCACUGUGAGCAGGGCUUGUCACUGGAUUCCCAUGCACUCAUGACCUACAGCACAGCUCGCAUCAGCUUCGUGUGUCCGCGUUUCUAUAGAAACGUGCGCUGCACCUGUAAUGGAGGAGUGUGCCCUGGGUCCAACGAUCCUUGUGUGGAGAAACCGUGUCCAGAAGAUAUGCAAUGUGUGGGUUAUGAGGCCAGCAGGAGACCAUUUCUCUGCCAGUGUCCACCAGGGAAACUCGGAGAGUGUUCAGGGCACACUUCUCUCAGCUUUGCUGGGAAUAGUUACAUCAAGUAUCGGCUUUCUGAAAAUAGCAAAGAGGAGGACUUCAAGCUAGCUCUGCGCCUGAGAACCCUGCAAAGCAAUGGGAUCAUAAUGUACACUCGGGCCAACCCCUGCAUGAUUCUGAAGAUUGUGGAAGGCAAGCUGUGGUUUCAGCUGGACUGUGGCAGCGGCCCUGGGAUCCUGGGCAUCUCCAGUCGCGCUGUCAAUGACGGGAGCUGGCACUCAGUCUUCUUGGAGCUCAAUCGCAAUUUCACCAGCUUGUCCCUGGACGACAGCUACGUGGAGCGUCGCAGGGCACCCCUGUACUUCCAGACGCUGAGCACCGACAGCGCCAUCUUCUUUGGUGCGCUGGUGCAGGCUGAUAACAUCCGCAGCCUGACGGACACGCGUGUUACGCAGGUUCUCGGUGGCUUUCAGGGUUGCCUGGACUCCGUGGUGCUCAAUCACAACGAGCUACCUCUCCAAAACAAGCGCAGCAGCUUCGCGGAGGUCGUGGGUCUGACCGAGCUGAAGCUGGGCUGUGUACUCUACCCCGACGCGUGCCAACGCAGCCCCUGUCUGCACGGGGGCAGCUGCAGCGGCCUGCCCUCUGGCGGCUAUCAGUGUUCCUGUCUCUCGCAGUUCACGGGGACAAACUGUGAAUCAGAGAUCACAGCCUGCUUCCCUAACCCUUGCCGGAAUGGAGGAUCCUGUGACCCCAUAGGAAACACCUUCGUCUGCAGCUGUAAAGCCGGCCUCACAGGUGUCACGUGCGAGGAUGACGUGGAUGAAUGUGAGCGAGAAGAGUGUGAGAACGGGGGCUCCUGUGUCAACCUGUUCGGCUCCUUCUUCUGCAACUGCACCCCAGGCUAUGUAGGCCAGUACUGUGGCUUGCGCCCUGUGGUUGUGCCCAACAUCCAGGCUGGCCACUCAUACGUGGGAAAGGAGGAGCUGAUAGGCAUCGCUGUGGUCCUCUUCGUCAUCUUCACCCUGGUCGUGCUCUUUAUCGUCUUUCGCAAGAAGGUCUUUCGAAAGAAUUACUCUCGCAACAACAUCACAUUAGUGCAGGACCCGGCCACAGCUGCGCUGCUGCAUAAGAGCAACGGCAUCCCAUUCCGCAGCCUGCGAGCAGGAGACGGGCGCAAUGUGUACCAGGAGGUGGGGCCCCCACAGGUGCCGGUGCGCCCCAUGGCCUACACACCCUGCUUCCAGAGCGACUCCAGGAGCAAUUUGGACAAGGGCCUGGACGCGCUGGGUGGUGAGCCACAAGAGAUGAGCACAUUCCACCCAGAAUCCCCACGCAUCCUUACAGCAAGGCGGGGUGUGGUGGUGUGCAGUGUGGCCCCCAACCUCCCAGCUGUGUCACCUUGCCGCUCAGACUGCGACUCCAUCCGGAAGAAUGGCUGGGACACAGGAUCUGAAAACAAAGGGGCUGAAGACACAGGAGAAGUGACCUGCUUCACAAACAGUAACAAAGGCAGCAACUCAGAAGUUCAGUCCCUCAGUUCCUUCCAGUCAGAUUCUGGUGAUGACAAUGCCUAUCACUGGGACACCUCUGAUUGGAUGCCUGGGGCACGGCUUUCUGAUAUAGAAGAAAUGCCCAACUAUGAGAGCCAAGAUGGAGGGGCAGCACACCAGGGUAGCACACGAGAGCUGGAGAGUGACUACUACCUAGGUGGAUAUGACAUUGACAGUGAAUACCCACCACCUCAUGAAGAAGAGUUCCUGAGUCAGGAUCAACUACCCCCGCCACUGCCUGAGGACUUCCCUGACCAGUAUGAGGCCCUGCCUCCCUCCCAGCCCACUUCACUCACUGGCACUAUUAGCCCAGACUGCAGGAGGAGGCCGCGGUUUCACCCCAGCCAGUACCUCCCUCCUCACCCACUCCCCGGUGAAACGGAUUUGGGGGGCCCAUCCUCCAGCUGUGAUUUUAGUACUUUUGCAGUAAGCAUGAACCAGGGCACAGAGGUCAUGGCCCCCACAGACAGUGUGUCUCUGUCCUUGCACAAUUCCAGAGGCACCUCAUCCUCAGAUGUGUCAGCCCGCUGUGGCUUUGAUGAUUCUGAGGUAACCAUGAGUGACUACGAGAGUGCAGGAGAGCUCAGCCUCACCAACCUUCACAUUCCCUUUGUGGAGACGCAGCACCAGACCCAGGUGUAGAGGACACCCAUAGGUGCUUUGCCCCGACUAGUAAAGCAUGAAUGAAAAUAAGCUGCACUUGUGUUGGAUGGAGAGAAGUCCGUGGAAAUGUGGAUUUUCUAUGAGGAACACCUUCGCAAGUCUUACUGUCGCAAGCAAGCUUGAUGCCCAGAGUGACAAGGAGAGGCUCAGAAUUUGUCGGGGGACAGGGGAGCUGACAGUCAUCGUUGUGGGUGUUUGUGGUUUGGAAUGCAAAGGAGAAGAAGUGAGUUUAUGGAGUUAAACGGGAGAUCAUGAAUGGCUUUGUGCUUUAUUGUGACCCGGAAAGUAUGAAACCAGAGUUUCUUACAGUAUUUUCCCCGCCACCGUCAGAGGGGCAUCAUUGCAUGUGAUUUGGAGCCAAGGAAGUGAGAAUAGUAGAGAUGUCUGUCAGAAAAGUUAGUGUUCUAGAUGAGAGAAGCGUGAGCACUGCACACGCGUGUGGACAGAAGCCUUUGAAACCGACGCUGUUGUUCAAGGGAGCUGCCUGAUUUCCAGCUAUAAACUUAGGUUUGAGUAACAUGCUCAGUGUGCUCAGAUUCUUUUUUCUUGUUUGUGUUAAGCAUCCAAUAUAAUAUUGUUGGGUUUUGUGAUCUCUGAGAAAGUUACCAAGAAAGAGCAAUAAGAGGCUGUCCAGGGGGUGGGCUGUGGGAGGUUAAUGUUCAAACGUUAGAAAAACUAUGAUGAUCUUGUUUUUGUGUUUUCUGUCAAAUAUUCCUGGCCAUAUCUAUGGUUCUAACAUUGCUGCCAAAACUUGGCCCUGUUGGUAUAUUGCUCUCUAGGAUGAGAUGUAUUUGAAAGUCUAAGAAGAAUUCACAAUUCAGAGGAGAGGGUAUGUGGUACGGUCAAAGGUUUCAGCCUAGGUAAUCACAGUUCUCCACACCACAGGUGAAAGUUGUGUGUGUUAUUCUAAACUGGUAAUGAUAUCAUUAUAAAACUGUUAGGUUUUUAAGAAGAAAGUAGGUAGUGACUAUGUAUACAUUAAAUUGUGUGUGUGCGUGUGUGUGUAUGCGGGUACGCAUGAGUGCGUGUGAGGACGGACCUAGGUAUCACUAUGAGUGUGUACUCACUACAGCUGCUCUUGAGGAAAGCUGCCCCAAAGGGUUUAGGAUUCAGUGCUGGAAAUCCUGAGGUGAGCAAAGACUGCUCACCUUCGAGCUCUUUAGUGUCACAGGAACACCAAAUGCCAUACCUUACUCUAAUUCAGUUAACCUUAGUUUAGUACUGCCAUUUAUAUUAACUUAAAGCAAGUACUGUGAUUUUUUUAAAGACAGUGUUUUAUAAUUUUCAGAACUACUAUUUGAAAGUGUGUAACACUGAUUACACGCUGGGGUUUCCCCUCCCAUCUAAUAGGUGGGCUUCGGCCAUCAUUUUCCCAUAACAGAAUGCUGGUCCCACUCAAAAUACAAAAGCCCAACAUACAAAAGUCUAAGUUAGCAGUGGAGUUGACUUUCCUCUCUCACUUUGAUCAGCUGUGGCCACCGCCUUUGCAGUGACCAUGGGAAAUGAAUGCAUAUUUGCACAUCUGCCUCAUGAGCAAAGCUCUGUAUGGAUGGUUCCUAGUGACGCCAGCAUUGGUGUGUGAAGGGAGCUGUCUGAGAUCUGCCUCUAUCAUCUCCUCAAUUGUCUCUAAUCCUCUUACUUCUUUGUAGGAGUCAGUGUUUCUGAACAUCUGUCAUUAAAAAAAAAAUCCCUUUCAUUCCCAAACUUCCUGAGUUAGUAGAUACACAUGUCGGGUCUCUCUGCGUUUCUCUUCUAUUCUCUUGGUUAGACUCUCCAUGGAGGCAUUAUCCACACUGUGGUUUUGAAAUAAAUGAAUUUCACUAAGGCUGCUUUCAAGAAUCAAGUCUUUAGUAUUUUUCUUACGUAAGAAGCACAUUUGCAAGAAUCACAAAGAAAAUGACAAACUAAUGGUCCAGAGUUGAAUCACUGCUGUGCUUUUAAUAACACAACAGCAUAAAACCAUCAAAGUAAAACCAACAAUUCAUUUCUUGCCCCCAGGAAAUAUGAGAUGAGAUUCAUGCCAAUGAGUCACCAGUGCUUAGCCAGCAUCUCUUCCAGAGAGAAUGCCUGGCUGACCCUAUAAUGAUGGCAUAAAUAGAGCUAUCUGCAGGCAGUGGUAGACGCACUGAAGAAAUCCCCGCCUGAUCUCUCCUCUGGCCUACAUAAGAUAUUUCUUUCUUUAGGACACCUUCUUGCUAAAUUCCAGCAGAAUAUCUCUGCAGACUUUCCAGAUGAGCACUGGGUCUAUCGGAUUACUUAUCUGUAAAAGUAUGAAAUCGAUUCUCUUUUUUUAAAAAAAAUGAGAUUUUCCUACAGAUUGGAAAAUGGAGUGCAAGGAGUUCUACAAGCAACUAGAAGUGGCCACAGCUCUAAAGAACUGCAUCCUUAAGGUUUGCUAGUCUAGGUCCCAUUUUCAUAAGAGAGGAAGCAUGCCCAGAGAGAGGGAGAGACUUGCCCAGACUCACCCAGAAACUAACUCAUUGACAAACACUAUCACCCGUCCUCUUAGGGACAAGUCCUCAUCCAUAACAUUGCAUGCCACUAAGCUGCCCUGAGCUGGCAGCUGCUUCCUUCUGCUGAACCUCUCACUUUCUGCUUUCCUUCACUGAAAUAUGCAAGAAAACAAAACAAAUAGAGACCAUUUCUCUGUGGGCUUUGAUGGACCAAGAGAUUUGGACAUUCAUUAGAAUGCUGCUUUUGCCAAAUGAAUGUUUCUAGAAUAGGGGGGGGGGGAACAAGCACAGAACUGUCCACGGACUACAGUCGUCAAUGGUGGUGAAACUGGAGUGUGUAACACACCCACCUGGUGUGUUUGAUGGAUUUAAUGUUGUUGUUUUCUUCACAUGAGCUCUGCCUACCGUCUGGUCUUGUCUUGUCCACCAUAUUGGAAAAUUAGCGAAUUAGCUAGUGUCUUUGUAUCUGUUGGAAGAAGAAUUGCACACAUGCUGGUCAGGCCAAGUGAAGCUGUCGAUCUUUGUCACCCUCUAAGCAGGAGCUACAGGGCUGUUAAGGAUAGACAGCAUGCUGCAUUUAUUCCCUUCUUCUGAGAGUAUUUUGCUGCUGAGCCUCAUCUCAUGCCUGCUUUCUUUGUACCCAUAUCCUGCCCACUUACACCAUGCAAUGGGAAAGUCAUAGCAAUAUAUGCAGAUCAAGGCCAUAAUCCUGGGGUUCAAGCUAUUGGAGUCACAGGAAGGCCUGAGUAGAUUCACCUGGGUCUACCAUUAGAAAUCACUAUCCCAGAAGAAAAAAAGAGUACACGUCCUGUUGACCUUUUUCUGCUGACUGCCUAGCCACAGAACUGUAUUACUUUGCUGAAGCUGGGAGGGCCAAUUCACAAACAAAGAGAAAGAUGACUGGAAUAAAUGCUUAAAGACCCAGAAAACACCUUUGGAUGAAAUAAUUCAGGAUGAUCUAGUGUUCAUGUCGUGUGAGUUGUAUGGCCUUCUUACUGCUGCACACACUAGUCAUGCGGUUAGAUAUGGACACUCUGUGCUUUGUGGGACAUGGGACUUCCUAGGGGUAUUACUUCAGUGCCAUCUUUCUGUGUGGUCUGUGAAGAGCUGGUGUGUGUUCUUGUUAGUGUGUAUCUUGCAACCUUCAGCUGCACAUCGCUGAUUCAGACCCACCUCUUCGAGCUUCCAGUUGUGUGUCGCAGGGGGUUUAAAGUAGCCAUGCAUGGGUUUGACAUCAGUGAAUAUUUAGCCAGCUGGCUAAGACAGGAAAAGAAGAAGGUAUUUCUUUCCUUAUGUAAUAAUGAAAAGCAAUAAUUACAAGUAUGUAACAAUACACAAAGGCCAUAAUUAGUCUCUUCCAGUGUUCAGGAUGAGCUAGAGAGUUCUGUAGUCAUUUGGAGUAUGUUGGACCCAUUUGGAGUAUAUCCUAAGCACCCUUCAGUAAACAAAUACCUGAAUUGCUCCUAUUUAACAAUUUUAUGAGCCCAUACUACUGCAUUUCGGGAAUGACAGAUGUGUCUGGAAAUGGGGAGGGUUCUUGCAAAGCACUGUACCAGAGACCAUGUUGUACAUUUGUCUGUUAUAAACAGGCUGGUUUGUAAAAGAUGUAUGUUUUUGGUGUUUAAAGUGUUUAUAAAAUUGUAUAUAGGUGGUUUCAAUUUUCCAGGCAUUUGUAGAUACAGUAUUUGAUGCCUAUCCGGAUGCUUUAAUUUGGAGGGUCGAAUAGAAUUCUUAGUCAUCCACAUUGUUGUUCUACAAACUUUUGGGGUACACCCACAAAGAAGAGGACUUUAGAUUUGAAAACAAUGGUUUUUUUAUUCAUUUUGAAAUGUGUCAUGUCUUUCCUUUGCUUCCGUGGUUUUCAUUUAACUCUGUUUCAAAAGAAGGAAAGUGUUUUUAAGAUGAAUGAGUUUUGCCCAGUUUUUAAGCACUGCACCUUCAUGCCAUUUCCUAGUCAGAGGGAGCUGUCAUUUCUUCACACACACGCAUACUCACCUUGUCUCACACACAUCACAUGCAAACUUAUGCAAAGGGGGAAGUGAAUAACACAUCAUUGAAUCUGUCCCUUAUAUAAAUGCAUUAUUUCUACAGAUAUUGCUGUUGGCAGUAUUCAGUCUUGUGUUCUUUUCUUAAAAAAAAAAAGAAAAGAAAAAAGAAAAGGAAUGGAAUGGAAUAAAAACAAAAAGAAAUAAGAAAGACGCAAAAAUACUAGCCAAAAACUAAAACAAGGGGGGGUGCGGAGAACCAAUAGUAUACAAGUUUGUAACUGCCAAAUUUGAUCAUUAAAACAAGUUUUCAAGUAAAAGAAAAAAUACUAUGAA